AAAUUGACCAAUCAGAAAUCGACAAAUACUAUGCAGGUCACGUGACUGCCAUCAUCAAAACCAGGAUACGGGAAGUUGGGGAAGAUUUUGGAACUACUUGAGCGUUUUGCAGAGACAUGGAUCAGUUACUCAGCUCCUCGCCCGUCACUCUGAUAGUCAAAGCUCCAAACCAAAAGAUUGACGAUCAUAAGGUUGCCUGUUGUUUGAAUUGGACUGUGAAAAAACUGAAAGAACACUUGGCAGAGAGUUAUCCCAGUAAACCGAAAGAGGACCAGCAAAAGAUAAUAUACUCAGGAAAGCUUCUCCAUGACCACUUGACACUCCGAGAUGUUAUAAGACAGUAUGAAGAAAAGGAACAUCAAUGUCACACAGUUCACAAACAAAGUUAACUACUUCACAGAGUCCCCCCAGUGUGAACAUUGUGUCACAGUCGUCAGGUGUCCAGCAGUCAGUCACACCAGACCAGAGUGGACUACGACACAGAGGAGUCGCCACCCCUCAGUCACACCUCCCCACCCCUCAGUCACAGUCUGAAGCUUAUCAACAGAUGUUUGGUGCAAGCCCUAUGUAUGCCAGUUACUACCAGAUGAUGCAGCAGACAGCAGGCGCCCCCUAUAGUCCACACCAGAUGAUGCAGUAUGCAGCAGGCGCCCCCUACAGCCCACAGCAAAUGAUGGCAAUGCAGCAGCUGUAUGCACAGCAGAUGGCUCAGUACAUGCAACUAGUGCAGCAGGGUGGAGUUCCUCAGUCCCCUACGCAGGGUGUGACGCAACCGAUGCCACCGCCUGACGCCAAUGUCCCAGCAGCAGCCAAUCAGCACCCUGCUAACAACCAAAGACAAGGCAAUAACAACCAGAACCUGGUGAUGAACGCUCAGGGCGGCGCUAUGUUUCAGGAGGAAGAGGAGGAAGAGAACCGUGACUGGCUAGACUGGGUGUAUACACUUAGUAGAUUCUCUGUGCUCCUGAGUAUUGUCUACUUCUACUCCACAUUGAGCAGAUUCCUCAUGGUCCUAGGCUUCUUUGUCCUGGUCUAUAUUUACGAGGCAGGGUGGCUAAGACCCAGGAGACGAGAGGCCGGAAAUGGUAACAUACAGCACCAACAACAACAGCAACAGCAGCA